UGAAUCAGGCCUCGAAGAACGUUUUAUGAAAUUCCCUCCCUCCAUUUCACAAUCUCCAAAGCCUUGGCACAUCACGAUUUAGCAAAAAUAUCUGAGCAAGUAUAUUUUAUACAUAGGUCAGAUUUUCACCGUACAAUACAAUAUUUUAAGGUCAAGCUAAUUUGAGCGUUGGAAAAACAGGUGCUAAUUUGCAUCUAACUCACACAAGCUAGCCAGCAGGUUGAAGUAAACUUGGAACGAGGUAGCCGACAUGUUUUCAGCUGUAAGAGGCAUACUAUCUAAACUAGUCUCCCCAUUGUGGAGCACUGCACAGGUGGAUGCUGAUGGCGGUUCACGUUCACCGGACUCGGAGACCAUUCGCCAGCUCUGCGACGGCGUGGUGACCCAGCUGAGUCUAGACUACGGCCUAAUAGAUGACGCCAUUUACUUCACCAGUGGCGUGGUGCUGGGUGGGGUGCCGCUCAAAGUAGGUGACAUGGUGAACUGCAUUGCCGUGGGAGAUGGCGCCCAAGGCGGAUGGAAAGCUCUCAGGGUGAUGAAGAGUUGUGAUGCAUGGGAAGGUAGAGGAGGAAUAUCUGUGGAAGAUGAAUGUGCCCAGCUGCGACCUCUCAUCGGAAGAGUCACGUCGUAUGACGGCAAAGGUGGCCAAAUCAACAACACCACUUACUUCUCGUGCUCCAGUCUAUGGGAAGGUUACGAGCCCAUGAAAGGAGAUUGGGUACAAGCAACGUAUUUAAUUGACCCCAACCAAUGGACCACACAGGCUCAAUCUGUUGCCCCUUUACGCUUUUGCCGUCUUAAUCAGGUGCGUGUGACCAGCAUUUACGAAAAAGAGGGUGUAGUGGGAGACAGUGUGUUCUUCUGCCUGGACUCACUGAUGCUUCCUGCGCACUACAGGCCCUUACCAGGCCAUGUUGUGAACUUGGUGAUGUUGGAGAGCAGCCAGUCCCGCUACCACUGGAGGGCCCUGUGCAUGGCCCCAUGCACAGAGGGUUUGGUGCCAUCCCCGAUACACAUGCCAAUGGCUGCCCUGGAAACAUUGAUGGAAAACAAAGAAGGGUUGGAUGUAACAUGUUAUGGCCAAUUUGGAGAUUUGAUGGUCGGAGAAUCCAGGGAGCUAGUGUUAUGGAUACAGAACAAAGGCUCAAAGACACACCAUCUCAAGUUCUGCAACUUUGCUGGCUGGGACUCUGAAGAACAGUUCUUUCUGAAAACACUUGAGAGGGAACUCAAAGAACCUGCGUCUGACUCUUGUCCCGUUCCUGUGGAAGAACGAGGAAGUCAUGCUGGAGCGACAGGUGGCAAGGAGACGCAGCACUCUCUCGGUGUGAGAAGGGAAGAAAGAGGGGCAGAUAUUCCUCCAGGAGAGAGACUGUGUGUUGUAGUGGGUUGCCAAGCAAAGAGCCUGGGAAGCUGCGCUGAGCUCCUGUUGCUGCACUUCUCCUCCUUCGACAUCGGAAGGCGCCUGGAAGUAACGGUUUGCUGUAAUGAUGAGCGUCUGCUGCUGCCGCAUGUGCCUUACAGUCAAGUUGACACCAAGCCUGUCCGGGUGGCACCUUCUCAUGUAAUCACCAUCACUGCUCCCCAGGAUACACUCAGGCUUCCAAACCGACAUCUGCCAUCCUUUCUACCUUCCUAUACGGUGCCACAGGCUUUGAGAGACUGCGUGGCUGGGCAGAAAGACAUCCUUGUCAUCCAACCCUGUUUAGGAGAAGUGCUGUCAGCCUCUAAUGCACAGGCCCGUUUCUCUACACUCUUGUGGAUGGAGGAGAUUCAUGCCGAGAAUGAACUGGGAGGGUUUACUAUCCAAGGAGUGCUCCUCAGGAAAGGUGUCGUCUACCUUCACCUUGAGAUCCUUGGCUUGGCUGAGGGGAGGCCCUAUCUCACUAUAGGUGACAGAAUUCUGUUGAAGAGUCCACAGAGCGAUGGCGGUGUAAUGGAGUAUGUUAGCUAUGUUGUUGAGAUCAAUGACGAAGAUGUGAGUUUGAGAGUCAACUCAGACUUUCACCACUCCUACCUUGGCGAGCCUCUUGAUGUUGAAUUCUGUUACAAUAGAACAACCAUGAAGCGUUGCCACCAUGCAGUCGAACAGAUCAAAUCCUUUGUGGAGACAGUUUUCUUCCCCAACAAAGUUGCUGCUCAGACACCUCAGUUGACAGUGAAGUGGUUAGAUGAAGAUGACCAAAAUAAAGCACUGGACGAAAAUGAGCUGGCCCCAGCAAAAGAAAAUGGACUGUCACCAAACAUUUCCGUCAACAGCAAGUCAGAAGCAACACAAACUAAAGAUAGCAAUGUGCCACUCAAGCCCACCCCCAGACUAGGCCACUUCUUCAACCGUGACCUCAACCCUGCUCAGAAGGAAGCAGUGAAGAGAAUCCUGGCUGGAGAGUGCCGUCCUACCCCAUAUGUGCUAUUUGGACCCCCGGGCACUGGGAAGACUAUCACCCUCAUAGAAGUCAUACUACAGGUGUACCACUUUGUUCCUAGUGCCCGCAUCCUUGUAUGCACGCCCUCCAACAGCGCAGCUGACCUGAUCUGCCUCCGUUUGCACAAUAGUGGCCUCAUGCAUACAGCAAGCAUGGCCCGUGUCAAUGCCUCUUACAGGCAGGACAAGAACAUUCCCGAUGUGCUGAGGCCAUACUCGAAGGCUGGCGAGGACCUGUCUUUUGCCUCCUUUCACCGUAUAGUGGUGAGCACUUGCUCGAGUGCUGGCUUGUUCUACAAUUUAGGACUCCGAGUCGGACAUUUUACUCAUGUAUUCCUGGAUGAGGCAGGUCAGGCAACAGAACCAGAAUCAAUGAUCCCAAUCAGCCUCAUUUCAGAAAUAGAUGGACAGAUAGUGUUGGCCGGCGACCCGUGCCAACUAGGACCCAUAGUAAAGUCCAAGAUAGCGUCAACCUUUGGCCUUGGUUUGUCCCUGAUGGAGAGGCUCAUGGCCAAUCCGCUUUAUGCAAGACAUCAGUGGGGAUACAAUCCAAAGCUGGUUACUAAGCUGAUCUACAACUACCGUUCUCACGAGGCUCUGCUAUCAUUACCCUCUAAGCUUUUCUACCAUGGAGAACUGUGUGUCAGAGCCCCUAAAGAUGUUGUGGACUCCCUCUGCCAGUGGAAAACUCUGCCUAAAAAAGGCUUCCCUCUUCUUUUUCAUGGCAUCAGGGGAAAAGAAAUGAGGGAAGGUAAUAACCCAUCAUGGUUCAAUCCAGCAGAGGCUGUGCAGGUCAUGUUGUACUGUUGCCAAUUGACCAAGAAACUGUACAACCCAGUGGACGCCUCCCAGAUAGGAAUAAUUUCCCCCUACAGGAAACAGAGUGAGAAGAUCCGUAUCCUCCUGGGUAAAGUGGGCCUCUCCGAUAUAAAAGUUGGCUCUGUGGAAGAGUUCCAAGGACAGGAAUUCUUGGUCAUCAUCCUGUCAACGGUACGCUCUAACGAAUUAGCAUCGAGCGACGAUUUGCAGAGUGCGCUGGGCUUUCUUGCUAAUCCAAAGCGCUUUAACGUGGCCAUCACACGCUCCAGGGCUUUGCUGCUCAUCAUUGGAAACCCCCACCUUCUCAUUAGGGAUACAUGUUUCAGGGCACUGCUUAACUAUUGUUUUACCAACGGGGGAUAUCUGGGCUGUGAUCCCCCUCCUGCUAUUAGAGACUCUCAGAUAGCUGCAUCGAUUGACAAUGCUGAAUGACAGAUGUUUUCGCAUUGGACUUCUAAGCUUAGUUCCUCUUGGUUUUUCCCCUGUUUGCCAAGUGAGUGAUUGACUUCAUCUCUACUAUUGGUUUGCUUUACAUGAGAGCAAUGUAUGCUCAGUGGCUACAAAUAAAAAUUUUACAUCUUA